AUAUAGGCGGCGGUUGCUGCCUCAGGCGAUUUGUUCUGAUAAUUUUUCCUCCCAAGGUCUCAAAAGUUCGAACUCCGUUGACUGCUCUUCCCGUCGGCUUUGCUCACCUCUCUCUUUCGUUUCCAACUUUAAGUAUCGUCUGCACAUACCCUGCUUUUCACAAGCACCCCACAUUCGCUUAAAUCCCCCUCCUUCUCUACAGUAGAAAGCAAUGUUCAGCAAGGCCGCCAUUUCUCUCGCUCUCGCAGCCUCCGCGCUCGCCAACGUCUUCAUCACUAGCCCCGUUGCCUCUACCACGUUUACUGCUGGCCAGCAGGCGACUGUCGCCUGGCAAGACGAUGGCUUGACCCCAAACCUAACCUCUUUUGGUGCUGCUCUCGUUGGUAUCUACACCGGUAAUGCCAACGUACAGACGUUGCUGCAAACCAUCUCUGCCAGCGUCGAUGUUUCGACUACUUCGUCCAUCGUUUUCACCCCAGAUGGCACCAUUGGCCCCAACAGUAAUGAAUAUUUCGUCCGCUUUACGUCAAUCAACCUGAAAGAUGCUACUAGCCCUCAAUUCCCUGCUGAAGCCUUCUCCGCUAAAUUCACGAUGGCUGGCAUGACCGGAACUUUCAACUCUACCGUUCAGGCUGAAAUUAACGGUCAAUCGACAGCACCUAUCGGCGCAACGUCUAGCGCAACUGGUGGCGUCACUUCGUCAACCGCGAAGAGCUCGGCCACAAUGACCAGCUCUACCUCCAGCUCCAGCUCAAAAACCACUGCUUCUGCUUCUGCUAGCGCUACCAAGACCGGCGCCGCUGGCAAAGUUGGUGUUACCGGUAUCACGUGCUUUGUUGGCGCUGCUGCAUCUCUCCUUGGGGCCGUCCUUCUGUAAUUUUGCCUCGCAUUCACAUCUUUGGAUUAUUUUCGUUCGAUGUUUGAUGGCAUCAUUUGGAUAGAGAUGGACUCGCUUACUCUGAUCAUUGAUGACGUACCCUUGACUGUGAAUAUAGCAUGCCAGUAGAAUCUACUCAAUAUUCUUAUAACGGGAACGGAACACUAAUUUCGAUUGCUAAUUCCUCUGCAUGCGUGUACAAAAACGACUGGCAAACACGAUAUACAUGGGAUACUGGGUCUGAUUACACGCAAAUUCUACUUCAAGGGAUGCGCACACGUAUCAGUCAUGCUGCAAGCUCGAUCUCAGCUGGCACGAAGUGAACAUGACCGACCGACAGUCCUUUGAAAUCGAAGGCCUGGUCUGCUCCCAAGUGACUACUGUGCUGCAAAUAAGCCAA